UUGCCACUCCAACUAAUACCAAGAAACAGAUCCAUGGCAAGUCAAUUGAUAUAUCCGUAGCUGAACUCCUCCCCCUUGUCAUCAUCACACUGUGAGCUCAUGUUGAAAUGUUCAUCCUUUGGCAACGUAGAACUGCUCCUUUAUAAGCUGAGGAUGAUCUCGAGUAGCUCAGAGCUUCCAAAACCAUGCCUCCAGAUCAAGCAAGAUGGCAAGGUCUACUCCAGGCUGCUGUCCACGGAGAGCUCCAUGGCCAAUUCUUCCUUUAGAGUCUACUACGGGGUGGCUUCAGGAGCUGUGCCAUUCUUGUGGGAGUCUCAGCCUGGAACGCCCAAGCACACCAUAUCGGUGGCCGACCUGCCUCCUCUCACUCCUCCACCCUCCUACUACUACUGCAACAUCACGGGGAGCAAGAACUCCAGGAGAUCCGCCAAGUCCGGUCUCCUCCAGACCAUACUCCCCAGGCUGGGCUUGGGGAAGCCCCACAGGUCGCCGUCCUCCCCGUCCAUGUCGUUCUCGUCAUCUUCCUCGUUGUCCCUGGCCAAUUCUGUCAGCUCCGGUCAUCGCAGAAGACCCUUGAGCCCAAGGUCGUCCUUCUCAUGGACGGGCGACGGCGAUGAGGAGUCCACUGACGGGUCCCGAGCACCAACACUCUGCUUCGGGGCGAGGCACAGGGCGGCCUCUCCGCGGUGCUCAUGAAGAAGUUGAUGUCGCCGGUCACCGGUAUGUGCGCGCGGCGAACUCUGUGGUGUGAAGUGUUCAUCUUGCCUUGGAAUAAUAAUCUUGGCUUGAAAGUUUGUAUGAGCAGUGAGCACAGCUCAUGCUCUUUCUUUAGAUCUUAGAUCAUCUUUACUCUCUACCACUGUCAUCUUCACUUAGGUUUCAUGUAAUCGUGACAGUAUAAAUUGGAGUCUUGCUGUUUCAAAUGUGAUGGUAAUAGCUUUGUUCACCAUCCAGCUUUGGAAGAACAUGUGGGUUGGUUGUAUCCUAGUGUUGUUGGCGAGGAGCAUACUACUACUUGAAUCAAUG